AUGGCGCGGUCGCGCCGGUCCUGGGCGCCGCUGCUGUUGCUCCUGCUGGCCGGGCCGGCCGCCUGUGCAGCCAGCCCGGCGGACGACGGCGCGGGCCCGGGGGGCCGGGGACCCCGGGGCAGCGCGCGGGGGGACUCGGGCGGCGACGAGGCCGUGCCGCGCCACGACUCCUCCUACGGCACCUUCGCCGGGGAGUUCUACGACCUGCGCUACCUGUCCGAGGAGGGUUACCCUUUCCCAACUGCUCCUCCUGUGGAUCCAUUUGCCAAAAUCAAAGUGGAUGACUGUGGAAAGACUAAGGGCUGCUUUAGAUAUGGCAAACCCGGCUGUAAUGCAGAGACCUGCGACUACUUUCUUAGCUACCGGAUGAUAGGGGCUGAUGUGGAAUUUGAGCUGAGUGCAGACACCGAUGGCUGGGUAGCAGUUGGAUUCUCUUCAGACAAGAAAAUGGGUGGUGACGAUGUCAUGGCCUGUGUCCACGACGACAAUGGGAGGGUCCGCAUACAGCACUUCUAUAAUGUAGGCCAGUGGGCAAAGGAGAUUCAGAGAAACCCUGCCAGAGAUGAAGAAGGAGUUUUUGAGAACAAUCGGGUCACCUGCAGAUUUAAACGGCCUGUAAACGUUCCCAGAGAUGAAACGAUUGUCGAUCUGCAUCUGAGUUGGUAUUACCUGUUUGCUUGGGGUCCAGCCAUUCAGGGCUCUAUCACCCGACAUGAUAUAGACUCACCACCGACUUCAGAGCGUGUUGUCAGUAUUUACAAGUACGAGGACAUUUUUAUGCCAUCGGCUGCCUAUCAGACCUUCUCCUCUCCGUUCUGUCUGCUUCUAAUUGUUGCCCUGACCUUCUACUUAUUGAUGGGAACCCCUUAA